AUGACAUCGGCGCGGGACAUCCAAAGAGAGCCCAUUGGCGCUGGAAGUGUGGUCGGAAAAUCAUGCGGAGUACAACGACUGGUUGAGGAAUCUGCUAGCUGUGGCCCUUGCCAGUACGAAGCAUUGAAAUGCAACCGAGAAGAUCCCUGCUUUUCCUGCAUUAACGGGGGCUGUACUGAGUCCUGCGCAUAUCGUCAGAAAGUCUCCAGCCACGCAUCUUCCUCUCUGGGUCUAUCAUCUGGAAAACACGAUCGGGAGCCCGUUAGUCCUCAGUCGCAAUGCAUCGAUAUAGCCUGGGGCCAAUCUGCACCGAGUGCUGCUUUAGAAUAUGGUUUCUUUUCCCAUUCAAGCUGGGAAUCGAUCCUCCACCGGCCGGUCGAACCAAGAAAUCACGGCAAGCAGGAUAUCUCUAUUCAAGGGGCUAAAUGCCCGCCAUUCAAUUUUAGCAUAGGACCACAGCUCUCCAUGCAAACAUUUCUUGACAUGCUACCCCCAACUCAUUGCUGUGGUUACUUGGUGACACUAUAUUUUGGACGCUUGUCGCCAUUAUUCCACAUUCUACACGGUCCUACCUUUCAGACACAGUUCUACGAAUUUCUGAAAGCUCCUGCUCGGGCUGAUCUCUCGUGGCUCGCCCUUCUUUUCGCUAUUUGUUCGAUCGCUACACAUACUUUAGAGGAGGAUGACCCGAUAGUCACAGAAUUGUGGCGAGAAGCUCCUCCGACCCAAAGCAACAGAGUUGCCGACCUCGCUUCUCGUUUCAGGGCAGCGGCUAUGGUUUGUCUCUCUCAAGAUAACUUCCUUUUUCAGCACCGUAUUAGUACACUGGAAGCAUUGCUUGUAUUGAUAUACACUAUCAACCAUUAUGAAGGGGUCGAGCGGGGUUGGACUUUGCUAGUGAUCAUAGGCAUUGCUUGCAAUAUUGGUAUUGCAUUGAAAUGCAAUGUAAUAGAGGAAUCAGCUGGUUUCAAAGCAGGUCUCAACAGCAUUGAUAUAGAGCGAAGACGUCGCUGUUGGGCCGGAAUACUCAUGCUGCAUACAUACCAGGCGAUGUCCUGUCGUGAUGUGGACAUGUCUUUUCUCCUCAAUUUGCCUGCCAAAAUGCCUGCCGAUGUGAACGAUUGCGAUAUUUCGGAAACGAUAAUACGACCGCCUUCCACUCAACCUACUCAAAUGUCAGUUAUGAUGUUCAAAAUUAGACUCUUUCGUCUUUCAAGUCGAAUUUUUGGCAGAAUAGCCGGCGAAUUAGACGAGGCUACAUUGGUUGCCCUAGACGAGGAAGUCGCAGCGGAGCAGGAGCAGUGGCGCUCUGUAUUUCUGUCGGAUGGAUUGCCAAGCGUGCUGGAUAGGUCAAGCUACGCAUACUGGUGCAUUCUUCAACUUCAUGCUCAUCAGCUCUAUUUAAUUCUCCACAGGCCCUUCUGUCACAACCGAAAUUCCCUACAAUCUCGCCCAGACUCUGUCACAAGAUGCUUAGAGUCCGGGGCAGCCCUAUUGGAUCUUCAUGAACAGUUUAUGGAGCUACCUCGGCUUCGCCAAUACCGCUGGUAUGUAUUCGGUAUGACUAGCCUGGCCGCAGUGCAUGGUGCCAUGGCUUUAGCCUCUUCUUUACUCGAAGGGGUGAAUAUCGAGCAUGACGCAAAGAAGUAUCACUUAAUGUUGGACGCGGCGGUCUUGAGAAUUCAGACACUUCAGGACCGAAGUCCAAUAUGUUUCAAAUCAAUGCCUAUCCUUCUUCAUUCAUUCUCACGAGUCGGCUUUCCUAGGUCAAGGUUAUCGCAGAGCUGCACCCAGUUGAAAGAGAUCGAAGACCACGAAUUUGGAACCAUUUUCGAUAAUUGGGUUGAUAGAGUUCAUUGGCUCAAUCCCGAGCCGGCUGACUGG